AUGUUUGCCCGCGUCGCUGUCGUUGCCACCCUCUUUGCUCUCCCUCUCCUUGCGGCCGCCGGUAACUGCAACACUGGCGGUGUACAGUGCUGCGAGAGCUACGAGGACUCGAAGAGUGCCGCUGGUGCUACUCUUCUGAAGGCGAUCGGUGUAAACCUCCAGGACGUCACUGGCCAGAUAGGUUUCAAGUGCUCUCCCAUUUCGGUGAUCGGGGCCGGAGGCAACUCCGCCUGUUCUCAGCAGCCCGUCUGUUGCCAGAACAACAACGUCGGUGGUGCCAUCUCCAUUGGCUGUCUUCCCAUCGAGCUCUGA